AUGGCGGAAGAGAGGGCGGCCAUGUUGGCGGAACUGGGCGAGGCUCGGCGUCAGAUUGCUGUGCUGACGCAGGAACUUCGCUCAGCCAAAGAAGACUCCGCCACCAGAGAAGACAUCGCCACCCACACGACUCCUGCACGAGCGAAGGAGUUCGCAACGUGUGCAAAGUCGCGCUUCACACGCGAGUGCACGAAGCCUAGGGACGCCGCCGCGACACGUUCCAACUGUGGCGGCUCCCACGCCGCCAACUACCGUGGCUGCAGUUAUCUCACGCGCUGUGGCCGCGAGAGGGGGUGGCACACACGCCGACGGCGAAUCACCACGCAAGAGGAGGUGACAAUGGACCAAGACGCGGUAAACGCUCCGCCUGCAUAUAAUGCCAUUGGCACUUCUGCUGGUGUUGGCGCGAGUGGAGGACCGUGCUGCUGCAGUCCCGACAGCAUUCGCAACAUGGAAGAUGCUGUCGCCAACGCAGUUGCCGCUCUCAAAUGUGCCAUGGCAGAGGAGAGGGCUGCACUUCGGCCUGAGGUGGACGAGAUGCACCUUCAGCUCGCGCAGCUCCGCGAGUUGCUGGCCUGCAAGUCUCGCAAGGGGCGAGACGUUACUACUGCCACCAUCGCCACGCAGAUGGACGCUCUCCCGGCUGCUGCGGUAACGCAGGGUGCUGUGGAGGUGCCCGCGGAGGGCGACCCCGAGCGGGCCAGGAAACGGAACUGGUGUCCGGCGGGCAGGCUGCACGGGAGCGGAAGGCCCGCCAAGGUGGAAGAGCUCGGCUCCGCGCAAAGCGACGGGCGAACGCAAUUACGGAAGAGGAGGCGGCGGCGCAGUCGUGAAUGGUGCGCCGGGCCGGCGGGAACGCGCCCACGCGCCGGCGCGGCUGCCGGUGGCCCCGGGGCGGUGGGGGCGGCGAGGGUGGCGGGGGCGGCGUCGGUGGCGGCGACGGGGUGGGGAGGGGCGGGGAUCGAUGGUCGGCGCAGCCGGCCUGGCCUCACUCGCGGGUGCGAACGCGGAAGGGUAAGUGCUACCAGCCCCGCGCGCCGACUCCGCCGCGCCAAGCCGCGCGUAGCGAGUAGCGCCGCAGCUUUCUUCGCUCUCUAG